CUCGAACCUGCCGUUUUCCAGCACCUACGGUAUAUACAGAUACAUCCACGAAAUAAUCCUCGAAAAAUUCCUUCGUCAAAACCACUUGUCCCAGUCGCAAMAAUCAAUCAACGGUACAUUGACAAGCAGCGAGCCUGUUUYAGCGAUGGAAAAGAGAAACCAUGGAGGUAGAAAGCUCAGAAACAACCGGAAAUGAAACCAGUGUUGCAUGUGCAUCAGGUGCCGCAAGCAGCGCUACCRCCAAUCGAAAACACGCAUGCGAAAUCGWAGUGACGUUCCCUACAAAUCUUCAUGCACAACAAGCUCUAAACAUUUUGCAAGUUGAUCGAGAACCCACGGACCGUGUUUCCAAAUCAUUUCGUUUGRUGAMGACAAAUGAAACCGCAGAAGAUAGCAAAGGCGGAGUAAACGAAACUAUUUGUAACUUGAAAGUGUGAGUAAUUUUUGUUCAAGCUUUUGGAUGACGGGAUACCAAUAAUUUGUUGGCGCCGAGAGACAGAAUCCCUCAGAGAGACGGCGCAAUGCCAUCUGACGAUAAUUCGAUGAAACCAAAUCUUACGUAAUCGGACAAUGAUUUUGUGUACCGUUGAUUCUUUCACCAAUUUCCCGGCAUUACUUUUGUGAUAUGCAACGAAUAAUUAUUGAAGCCGAUUCGAAAGCAAGGAACUAAAGAUGAUUCGAGUUGCAGUGUCAUCAUUUUACGACUAUUUGACGGUAUUCUUGAAGACUGUUCAAGAAUUUGACACGGCAUUAUAGCAAUGGAAUACUAGUCURCUAGUAUACAGCAAGUGCAAUCAAAGUCACAGCGACUCUCAUCAGUUCAAUAGAGACAAAAUUURAAGCUUUUGCGUGUUCUGUUGUGAUGUUUAACCGUCAUUGCACCCAGGAUCAUAAGAAUGAUGUAGUACUAGUACAUUUGACAAAACUGAUGUUUGCAAUGUUAACUUUGAAAUUUUCACAAGAACAGCAAGAACAAAAAAUAUAGAACAAAGAAGAAAAGUGGAGCAAGAAAGUUGUGACAAAAGCAAAAAGAAUAACGUCAACAACUAGCCAGAUGCAGCAGGAGGAACRACUAGCACAGAAGCAUAAGCACCAGCAAGAACAAGAAGAAGAACAACCACCAGGCAGCACCAGCAGCACCAGCAGUACUACAAUAAGAAAUUGCAAAAGACACCUUCCAACACAGCAAUAUUAGUAGAAGGAGUAAUAGUUCUAUCAGUGCUGCUGGUGUAAGGAGAUCUUAGUUACUAGUAAUAGAAGUAGCAGUGUGCUUAAUACAAUAACAAGUACAGU